AUGUUGCUUCGUUUUCUGUUGUCAUUUAUCUUUGCUGCGGUCACAGUCCUCGCCGCUCCUGUCUCUAUACAACAGUCCAAGUACAAACGCGAUCUGGCCACGAUUCAAGCUGCCCUCAACACCAUCAACUCUGCGCUUCAAGGCCUCGACAACUCUGUGAAAGCCACCAACACAAUCUCCCUCGGAGGCGGCAUCCAGCUCCUGAACGCCGUUGGCAACGUAAAGAGCUCCAUUGAAGAUGCAACCACCCAGGUCCGAGGCUCCGAUGUUCUCAACAAACAAGACGCGCAGAACCUCAAGGCCGCGACGGACGCCCUCACGAACAACGUCAGGGUCACCAUCAACGACGUCGUAGCCAAGAAGUCCCUGGUUGAUUCCCUCGGCGCAACGCCGCUGGUAGCGGUCGCGCUCCAGGAUCAAAAGUCCGCCAGUGUCGCCCUCGCCCAGGCUCUCGUCAGCAAAGUGCCUCCCGAGCUCACCGCUGACGCACAAAAGAGUGCAUCGGCUCUCAGCACCGUGCUGGAUCAAGGCAUCAGCGUCUUUGGCGGCACCUCUGUCCCGUCUCUUCCCGCCGCCCCGCCACCAGGUCCACCGGCGGCGCCUCCCGGCGCCAAGAUGGUUUGCCAAGCUGUUAUGCCGGACGGAACUGCCGUUGGGAUCGCAACUGUUCUCGACGACCCCCCUGCCCCUCCUCCCGCUGCUGCCCCGGAGGCUUCAGCAGAGGCUUCGGCGGCGGGAGGAGGUGGAGGACUUUUGGGUGGAUUAAUGGGACUCCUCGGCCUUGGUAAGCAUUAA